CUGAAGAAUUAAUAGUGAGUUGACUGGACCGUCGGGGCGUUCCCUCCCCUUCCCACUCCAUUGUAACUUCUUAGAAAACAACCACGGAACCUCGCAACCCUUUCACUCACUCUCCGCCCAACACCCAACGCCUAUAAAUUCUCCAAUUUGUCACACAACCUCUCACUCACAAUUCCAGCAACCAAUCAAAUUAACCAACCUUCCCCCAUGGCCUCAUCUCCACUCCACUUCUCCGUUCGCCGGCGACCGCCACAGCUGGUGCCUCCAGCUUCUCCUACGCCACGGGAGCUCAAACGGUUGUCAGACAUUGACGACCAGGAAGGCCUCCGCUUUCAGAUACCUGUCAUCCAAUUCUACCGACACGAGCUUGCCAUGGCCGGCCAGAAUCCGGCAGCCGUCAUACGUGACGCCCUCGCUCGAACACUUGUUUUCUACUACCCUUUUGCCGGCCGGCUCCGUGAAGGAGACGGCAAGAAACUAUUUGUUGAUUGCACUGGCGAGGGUGUUCUGUUCAUUGAGGCCGAGGCUGAUGUGAAGCUCGAGGACUUCGGUGAUGCCCUGCAGCCUCCAUUCCCCUGUCUCGAAGAGCUAUUAUUCGACGCUGAGGGAACCUCCGCCGUACUUAACACUCCAUUGCUGUUGAUCCAGGUGACCCUGCUAAGCUGCGGGGGAUUCAUCCUGGCCCUCCGGCUAAACCACACCAUGUCCGACGCGCCGGGACUAGUUCAGCUAAUGACGGCUGUGGGAGAGCUAGCUCGCGGAUCGUCAUCGCCUAGUGUUAUUCCAGUCUGGCGCCGAGAGCUCCUAGAAGCAGGGCCGAGUCCAGCUCCUUAUUUUCCCCACCACGAGUACGAACAGGUCCCCGACACAGAGGGCACCAUCAUCCCUCUUGACGAAAUGGCUCACUGCUCUUUUUUUUUCGGCCCCCGCGAAAUAAGGAUCCUCCGUUCUCGCCUGCCUCCGCAGCUCCGUGGCGCUUCUUCAACCUUCGACAUUCUCACCGCCUGCUUAUGGCAAAGCCGCACGCGGGCCCUUCAGCCAGCAGAUCCAAAGGAGAAAUUCCGUAUCAUCUGCAUCGUCAACACCCGCGGCCGCUUUAACCCACCUCUGCCUUCUGGCUUCUAUGGCAAUGCCUUCGCUUUCCCAGUUGCUAUAGCUACGGCAGGGGAACUGUGUAGCCGCCCCCUGGAUUAUGCGGUGGAGUUAGUGAAGCGGGCAAAGUCGCAAGUUUCAGGGGACUACCUCCAUUCUCUGGCUGAUUACAUGGUGAUGAAUGGUCGUCCGCAUUUCACAGUGGUGCGGACUUAUGUGGUAUCUGACGUCACGCGUGCGGGGUUUGGUGAUGUGGAUUUUGGUUGGGGAAAGGCGGUGUACGGCGGUCCGGCUAAAGGUGGGGUGGGAGCGAUUCCUGGCGUUGCCAGUUUCUUUGUUCCUUUUGUUAACGCCAGCGGGGAAAAGGGAAUUGUCGUUCCCGUUUGCUUGCCGCCGCCUGCAAUGAGAAGGUUCGCCGCAGAGAUACAGAGGCUCCUCUCCGCUCAAUCUGGAGGAGACGAACGAGUACUGGAGUGUAUUAAUGGUACGGCACCCUUCUUACUCUCCCCUCUGUAAUGAUUCUGGCCGCCAAUGUUUAAAAAAUAAAAUCUACACCGCACUGCUAUCAAGCUUUUCUAG